AUGGGAGAUACCAUGGACAAGUCCCUCUCAGCAGGACAGGAGUCAGGCUUGCGUAUGGAGCAGUUGCAAGGAUAUUUUUGGCCGAUGGAUGUGUACAAGAGAGUGAAGGGCCAGACGCCAGAGAAAUCCCUUCCCAUUCGCAAGAUCACCUAUCAGGGACAACCGCUUCGGGGAGUCAUCUUGGACGAAUCGCAUGGCCGCCCUGUGGGCUCGAUUGCAAUGUACGGUGAGGAUAAGAGGUUCGUUCAGCAGGCGGGUGAGAUUCUGAACUCCAAAAAUUCCAUCGAUGAGGGCGAAGUGGCCCAGACAUGGGGCGCAAUGCAGAAAAGAACGCAGGUGAAAGGCAUUGAAGUGGACAAGGAUGGCACAGUUGGUAUCGCGAUGAGUGGGAAAGGAAGCGGGGCAAACCCUUUGACUGCUUUGCUUGACACUGACUUGGAUGAUUUGUGGGGAAACCGUGGCCUGACCGAAGCAUCUUCCAAGGGGAGCAAGUCCAAGAAGGCUGUUGCAGAAUCUGCAGAGGAAUCCCAAGCAGAUGCGGAAGCAGAGGAAGAAGAUAGCCAGCCGACGUCGAAAAGGUCUUCGUCAGCUGCGGCCAAAGCUCUUGCCGCAGCAAAGUCCCAGCCGCAGUUAGAAGAUUCCAAAGAUGCAGAAGCUCAGAACCAGAACCCACCAAAGAGGAGAAAAACAGGGAAGCAGCCAGAAAAAGAACCUGAUUCCAUGGCUCUGAGCACCAUGCAGGUAGCACUUGCGCAGGCACAAGGGAAAGGCACUUCCAAGGGCAAAAAGGUAGGGAAGGGUGGCAAAAGUGCCAAAGGGCUUGCUUCUGCGAAUUCUUCUAGCAGCAAGGAUAUCAACAAGACCGAUGCAGCUUAUCAAGAAGCCUGCAACCUCCUGCAAGGUCUUGAUGAUACGCAGGGGAUCUUUACAUUGACCGUGGCAAAGUGGACUGCAGCCAUCGAGAAAGUCACUGGCCGUUUGACCCCAGAGGCUAUGGAUUCCAUUACCAGUGGAAGCCCUGAACAGAAAGCCAAGGGAUUGCAGCUCAUCGAAAGCCUCCGGAUUGUGGAGGAGCAGUUGAAAGCUUCACACAAAUUGGUUGAAUCUUUGGGGGCGGCGGAGGGUGAGCCAUUGAAGCCAGAAUUUAUGAGGGCUGCGCUGUCACACGCAGUCAUGUCCAACGUGAAAGUCUCGCCGGCUGUUCACGACAUCCUUGCGGUCAGGACAAUCACAUGCUACCAGCAGGCUGGUGAUUGGCAAGCUAUCCAGUCCUACUUGCUUGAGGCUCUUACCGGUACCUCGCUCAAACCUGCUUCGAAGAUGGAAAUUUUGAAGCAUGGUGUCGCAGCAGCUCUGGAAAUCUUGGAGCAUGUUGAGAAGGAUGGUGAGCUUGUCGUCAUGUCACCGGCCAAAGAAUUUCAGCAGCAGGUUGAGUUCGCGAUGCUGGCGCUUUCUGCUAUGGAACUGACCUUUGACAGUGUAACCGAGGAGAGCAUGACAAGAUACCAAUCGGCUAUGAAAUCCUUGAUGAAUGGUCCCUUCAAGAAGACCUUCUUGGUCCAGCCCAUGGGUGCCAAGAUUUCGGAAUCCCUCGCUGAGUACAUAGCAUUCCUGCGAACAAAGAAGGCUGUUUGCUUGGAAAUGGUUAGCUUGAAGUCCCUUCUGAAAGAGCUGGUGGUGCCAACUCCUGCUGCACUUUGCGGACAUGGGAAGUGUGAUGAUGAUCAGUUGGUUUUCCCUGACGUGACAAAGUGGGCUGAUCUUGCAACACGCCUUGCAAGUGUGCAGGGCAACAUUUCGAACCAUGCUUUGCGUGAAGUUGUGGAGGCUGACUUCGACAUAGUUUACCAGAAGCAGUUGGAGCUGGCAGGGGUCAUCAAAGACGCUUUGUUGGAACGACUUGGCUGCCAUAUCCCCACAUGGAAGACAUUGCUGGGAUUUUGCCUUUUCAUGAAGAAUGACCAGAUUGAUUUCGAAAGCCCCGAGGUCGCCAAGGAUUUGAAAGCCAUGGCAUGCUUUGACUUCAAGAGCCGAACAAAUUUCAGCAGAAUCCUCGGGCACCAUUCCGAGGUGGUUGAGGAAUAUGUGCAUGCACUUCAGCCGUUCCUCCAAAGAAUCCCCGCAGCUAUCUCCCUUGUUCAGCAAGUUCUUGCACAGAAACCUUGCAAACUCACAGAACUGGUGCAAGGUCCUUGCGGAACAUAUUUCAAAACCCUUCUGGACCUGAAGUCAUUUGUAGAGCGAAGGGAAUUGGAGAUCGUGCUGGAAGGAGAAAAAACUUUGAACAAAGGCACCCUUGACCAAGCUCUCCAGAAAUUGGUUCAACAUGCGGGGAAUCAAGUUGCUGUGGCUUUGGUCCCCGCGAAAGAUCUUGUCACAGGGCUGUUGGGCUUGGAUGUUCCGGUGGCAGAAUUCUUCAAGGAAUCCUGUGUCACCGCCAAUUUGACAGAGGUGGUCUCGGAGAUCAAGGAGGUGAAGAAGCUUUAUGACUUCAGUGAUGGCCACGAAGUUCAUUGUGCAGCUCUGAGCCCUGGUGGCAUCAGCACUCUUGACCUCUGCAAUGUAGCCGCCAUGGCACCGGCAUCUUCUGUUGUCGUCAAGCUGGUGAACCAGAUUGGCGAAGGAGUGGCCCAUCCGCACUUUUGGAAGGAACUUCUGGGUUCCAAGCAGAAGCCUGCUGAGAUGAAAGGCAAGCAGCCUGAGUACUUGCAGAAGCUCUUGACUUUGCAGUCGGAUAUGUUGCAAGCACGCCAGGCCCUUGAAGAUAUCAAGCUGUCGGGCCACAAGCGGGUCAACGAGUACCUGUGCUUUUGCAAGGACAAGUUUGAGGAGAAUGUGGUGGCCUUUCUCAAGAAUGUGAUCAACGCACAUGAGCAAGAUUGUGUGGAGUCAAUGGCUUUUUUCUUGGACGGCAAGGAUGGCGACUCCCUCCAAGUCCUGCUGAAACUGGCCGUGAGCUCAAAGCAUGUGGAGGAUCCAGAAGCACACAAAGCUUCGAUUGCCCAUGCUGACUCCGAUUUGUUCUACGUUGCGGUGAACAAAUUGACGAACCACCACAAGGCCCUGGAAGCAUCUUUUGCCAGCAUUAGUGAAAAGCUGGCUCUAGGGGAAGAAAAGGGAAUCGAACAGAUGAGUCAGAAACUCAAGGAUCUCAACAGCAAGAUUAAACCGAUGAAUGUGAUGCUAGCAAAUCUGGUUGGUCUGACGGCCCUGUACAGCCCCGUGUCCGAUGAAAAAUCCAAAUCGGGCAAAGACCCCAGACUUGAAAAGGUAGAGAAGUGUGUUCAUGGCGUGAUGAAGGCAGGUAUGAGGCCAAGCCCAACCAUCUGCCAGAAGUUAGAAUCUUUGUUACAAGAUGAGAGUUUGAAGAAAAAAUUCAACUCGCAAAUGUCUACCUGA